AUGUAUGCUCAAACACAAGUCAUUCUAAAUUGUUCGGUCUUACCUAACUUACUUAGCUUGUUGGGAUCACCCAAAGAAACUAUCCGUAAAGAGGCCUGUUGGGCAAUUUCUAAUAUUACUGCUGGAAAUAAAAACCAAAUACAAGCUGUUUUGAAUGAAAAUAUAUUCCCUGCACUCAUACAUAUUAUGGCCACGGCUGAGUUUAAGACAAGAAAAGACGCUGCGUGGGCAAUAACAAAUACUACUUCUGGAGGAACGGUAGAACAAAUUCAAUAUAUGGCCGAUCAAAAUUGUAUCCCUGCAUUGUGUGAUCUCCUGACAGUGACAGAUGUAAAAAUUAUCCAAGUGGCUUUGAAUGGUCUAGAAAACAUUCUUAAGUUAGGUGAACAAUUAGCUAGACAAACUGGUGCUGUUAAUCAGUAUGCUAUAUUGCUAGAAGAAUGCUAUGGUCUGGACAAAAUAGAAUGGCUGCAGUCACAUGAAAACAUAUACAUUUAUCAGAAAGCUUUUCUAAUUAUUGAACGUUUUUUUUUUUCUAAAUUUUCUUAUUAA